AUGAAGUUUUCUUCAAGCAUCGCUGGAUUUUUGACUCUCAUGUCAGUGGCUCACGCUUCUGUCAUUCAAGAACAAGAACCCAACAACAGCCUUAACACUGCUCAGCCAAUCCCUGUCGCUGCCUUUUCUCUUGGAUACAAUCCUAUUAUUGCAAACUCUGCUACACUUCCCUGGGUAACCAUUGAGGGUACUGGGGAUAAUACUUUUGACUUUUACGCAUUUGUGGUCCCCAAUGCAGGAAUGAUUGCUUCCAUCUUUGACGUGGACAAUACAGGCAACCUUGAUUCGUAUCUGACUCUGUAUGACCCAAAUGGAAACUACCUUGCAGCCAAUGAUGAUUCCUGGCCCAAUAUGGAUUCUGGGUCAAGUUCGUAUUUCGACUCCUACUUGACCUACACCUUCACUACUCCGGGCACAUACACCAUUGCUCACAGCUUCGAGCUGCAUAUGGUAUGGGGGACCCACACUUCAAGGUACGACUAA